AUAUUUUAAAUUUUGCAUAGCAGGAUACACAGCAUGUUCAUUAUGUUUUUUACUUAUAUGCUGUUGGUCGGGUUCGUGACAGCGCAAACAUUGAACCUGUUAUCUACAUACGUGUUGGUGAGACACAAAAAGCUCAAGAGUGUUUCCAAUUGCUACCAAAUGAGUCUCUCCGUAUGCAUGAUGAUAUCUAUGUUGCUUUCCGCAUGGGUGCACCCGUUACGCAUGACCGAUAGGGACCUCUAUGAAAGACACGUCAUAUUCCGAGCGAUCCAGGAUUGGGGUGAAAACUUCUUCAUAGUUUGCGCAGUGCUUAAUUUAUCCGCACAGGACUUUGAAAGAUACAUUGGACUAUGCCGACCACUCAAAGCAAAGACAGGAAUCAGUUUAAACCGAACGCAUAAGAUUAUAUGUUUUCUAUGGUUGGUAUCAAUUGUGACGUCAAUACCUUCGUUCUUGUGCGGUUUCACUUCUGGCUCAGUAGGACCUAGUGGCUUGGGUGGGAAUCGAAUCCCGAACGUUCGACUUGUUUCCGCGCUAAGCCUUAACACUACAGACGAUGUUGUAAGCAAUCACAAUGAUACCAACAGCGAAGAGUAUUGCCAGAACCAAGACACCACCAUGGCCAGCAUUUGUCGACAAAGAGAAAACUUAUCACCGGUGAUUUGUUUCAUUCUCUUAUUCUGCCUCCCUUUGCUUUCAAACUUGUAUCUCUUUGUCUCCAUCAUUCGGAGGUUGCGUAAAAGCGUUUGCUUUCAACCUGGUCAUACCAGGAAGUCAAGCAAAUUUUCCAUAUCGUCGGAAAAAGAAAGAAAUCCACCACCCCAAGAACGCAGGCGCAGAUUUGGCACCACGGUUCGUUACAACACAGUCCGCAAGCUGGAGGAUGUACCAAGAAUAUCCGUGAUUUCAGCAAGCGAAACAACGGGUGCUAACCCUGUCCCACAGAAGCACCUCGAGCCUAGCCCUGGUGUUUGUAGUGUAAGACACUCAUUUGCGGGCUUAGAAAUGAAACCAAGCACGCCAUCAGAGGCCCACCCUUCGGCUUGUAGCGAGCUUAAUAUAGAGCUUGAAACUUCGGUGGGGUCAUCUAGUUAUAACAAACAGGAGGACACGAAAUUGGGAGGGAGCGCCUCACUUUGCCAUAUUACUGGCACUAACAAUAACAUUAAUGAAUGCACGGCCGCUUGCUUAGGCGUUGUUGAGGAAAAGCCACAAAGUGCAUCAGAUAGUGCAAUGUACGUAAGGGUGUCCACACCUAAUAGAAAUGUAAGGUAUGGAAGAAAAUCAAACGCCAGAACUCCCAGAUAUUCUAACGCGACAUGUCGUACUUCUGUCGGGAAGAACACGCACUGCGACGUCAAGAAUAGCCGCUGUGACGCCACACAGAGGAUUCGUCGUAUGACGGAAGUGACGUUGCCACCUUCGAUGAAAAUGCCAAGCAGUAGGUCUUAUGUUUUCACAAGAAGUCAAAGCGAACAAAGAAUUAGCGCUGGACGGUCGCUACGCAACUAUUGUUACACCACAGUCUUCCCGGAUACGUCAUACGAGCUACGUCACUGCAGUUCCACCAAUGUGAGCAACACUGGCCGAGCUUCGAAACAUAAAAACGACCGAAAAAUCUCAGCGGCUUCGGGCUACACAAACUCGGGGAAAAGUUACAAAAGUAACUUCAGCAAAAAUGAUUCGGAUUCAAUUUGUUCGGUUGGUUUGGAGAUUGCGCCAACUUGGUUGUGGAGAGUGAGAAUGAGGGCAGUCAAAAACUUAGCCAUCGGUAUCGCAGUUUACGUAAUGCAUUGGCUGCCAGUCCAUAUAUUACGAAUGAAUUCAACCAAAAGUUCAUCAAGUUCAGACCCAACAUGUACCUGUUGUCCCACGUCCUUCAGCGAGGUUUACCAAACUGUAUUCGGCUUCUGGAUGUGCGUGAUUGCAGCUUCGACGCCUUUCCUACACUGUGUCUGCUCCAAGAAGUUUCGCUGCGUUUACAUCACAUUGCUACGAACUAUAGCAAGCAAAUGCAAGCCGAAUCUCAAAUGUCUCAGAAUAAAUUAAAGUUCUUGAGUCGAGUUAAUUCUGAUUCCUCGAACAGCGCGCCUCUUGUCGAAUUGUUUUCUACAAUCACAAUUAUUGGUUGAAAACCAGUCGUGUGUUUACGUGCUUGCGUCGCCUUACUAUACGAGGCGGAUUAACCUCAUGAAUGAAUGUACUUAUUAGUUCUCGAAUGGCAAAGCAAGGACAAUCGUUAUGACACGGGUGUUUUGUUUCAUUCACCUCGUUUCAGGUACUUCACCUGAUUGGAUGACAAUUUAGACAGCGUAU